CAGCGCCGAAUCAGGCAACACUGAUCAGCGCAGAUCUCGAGCGGCAGUUACCCACAAUUAUCAAACAGUUUUUGUGUACCACUAGAUCCCGAAAGUCUGUGAACGUUCGUGAUGUCGCACACAAACUGUUGUAUCGUUAACUGUACAAACACAUACAAGAACUGCCCGCCAGGUACGAGGUUUUUCAGUUUCUCGACGAGGACGUGUCUACAGCACCAGCGAGAACAGUGGAUUCGCUGUGUACGUCGCGUGAAUGCCCGUGGAACAGAAUGGCAACCAUCCAAAUGGUCAAAGAUAUGCAGCUCCCACUUUGUUGGCGGUCAACCAUCGACAGAUCGUUCGUCACCGGCCUACAUGCCGACCAUCUUUCCGUCGUCGUACCGCAAUGCCUCUACCACUACGAUAGCUGAGGACAAAAUGUCCCGCUAUAAACGUUGGAGAAAAAGGGCGUACGGCGAAGGCCAAGUCGUGCGCUGUAGUGACGUACAAGCCAAAGCAGAAGACGUCGGAAAAGAAAAGAAGACAAAGUGUGGAAUACAAGACAGAGAAUGUGAAGCCUCAGAGUCACCACCUGAGCAAGGAGAACAACAAGUGGAGACGCCUAUCGUUGGCCCUUUUCCCAUCUGCUCUUACAUAGAGGAGGAUGUAAGGACGACGCAGGAGAUUGCAACGCAGACAGACAAAAGUGACUGUGGUGUACCUGCAUCUGUUUUCCUCAGCUGCCUUCUGAAUUCCAUUGACUGUGAGGCCUCUGUGCAGUGUAGCCAAAUUCUGGUAUCCCCAAAAGAGACAUGCGAGAAAGGCAUUGGGACUGUAACUGACGACCAGUUGUAUCAUCGUAAAGGAUUCCAUGGCUACGAGACUAUCUCUUCGCAUAGUGACCACGUUGAAGUCCUCAAGGACCUGACUGGUGUGUCAACUGCCUGCUUUGCAGUUCUGUUAGGACUGUUGACACAGGUCAAGACUCCGCGCUCAACUGACAUCAGCCUGGAAAGCCGCCUCCUCCUGUUCCUGAUCAAGAUGAAGCAUGCCCUGACAUUCGCCACACUGGGUGCCCUCUUCGGCAUACACCGCACAACCGCUUCCCGGGCGUUCUACGCCGUCCUCGAGACUGUGUUUGCCAAGACGCAGGAGCUGCUGGUUUGGUUCCCAAGACACGUAGUGCAGGAGGGCAUGCCCUCUUCCUUUCUGGAUAAGUAUCCCACCUGCAGGGUGAUCAUAGACUGCGCGGAGGUGCCCAUUCAGAAGCCACCCGAACUGAGCGAGCAGAUUAGGUGCUGGAGCAGCCGCAGGAGUGACUUCACGCUCAAGUUCCUGGUUGCCGUGGCGCCCAGCGGCUUCGUGUCGUUUGUCUCGAGCGUCUUCGGCGGUCGGUGGAGCGACGGGUACGUCGCCGCAAACUCCGGCUUGCUGAACCUCCUCGAACCCGGAGACGUCGUGGUGGCGGACAGGGAGUUUCCCAACAUCCGCCGCGACUUGGACGCGCGGCAGGUUGCGCUCGAAAUCCCGCCUCUUGCUCCCAUGAACGAGCGGUGCACGCCCGCGGAAGUGGCACGCACGUACAGGAUUGCCUGUCACCGUAUCCACGUGGAACGCUGCGUUAAGAGGAUCAAAGCGUUCAACAUAUUGGGUGCAAAGCUACCGCAGGACCUCAAAGGGCAUGUGAACAAAAUUGUGACUGUGUGCUGCGUUCUUGUGAACAUGCAAAAGCCCAUGUUCAAACAGGUAUGAAGGAAGAGAUGUGAAUGAAAGCUGAAGAAAGGGCAGGCAUUUCUGUUUAGUGCAAAGGUGGCGCUCUGGAAAACAUUGCAUUCCAGUGCCUCGAAUUAGGGACCUUGAGUGACAUUUCAAGGGGUGGUGUGCUACAUUCGUGAUUCAAUGUGCGGCGAUAUGUGUGAGCCAUUGUACGCUAACCGUGAAUUCACACGAGCGACACUCACCGCAAAAGAGGAAGACUAAAAAAAUGCGCUCAACGUCCAUUAUUCAUGUACAUUGCUCAUCGUAGGGAAUAUCCUUGCGACACUGACACAAAAUAUUCCAUUGCACACGACAGGAAAGAAACUGACAGUGUCGUCUGCUAAGUGCCAAGUACGUCACUCCCCAUAUUCAGCACUGUGUGAAUUCUCAGCAUAACACGGGACGGAACUUCAUCUCUGUGAGCAGUGUUUUCGCUUUCUCUUCCUCUAGAAUCUUCCGCGAGGAUGUCGCUCGUGUGAAUACACAGAAAGACUACCAACAAACUAAACUCUUUACUGCACAUUGAAGACGUGACACUGACUAGCACAUGAAGUGGGAAAAGGUGUCUUGGAGCUAGUGUGGCACCGUGUCUUUCCGACAUUUAUGUCGGAAAGACAACGGAAGUGUUAUCCGUUGUACAAGUAAAAUCUGUGCAGUAGAGGA